UUUAGCUACAAAACUACAGUUUAAUUAUAACUGUUAUAUAUUUUAAUAGAAUAGCAGUUAAAGUGAUUCCCCAAUAUCUGGUUAUGAAGAUGGAGCGAAAAAAGAGGAAAUUCCGAUAAAGUUGUUAAAGAUGAUGGAUGCACUGUCGGUGGUGAGUCAGCUCCGGGACUUGGCUUCUGAGCCCCAGAACCGCGACGUGAUAGUCCAGGAUCAGGGCUGUCUCCCUGGGUUGGUUCUCUUCCUGGACCACCAGAACCCAGAUGUCCUUUUUGCAACUCUACAUACCCUACGUUACUUGGCUGAGUUAUCUACCAACAUCCCCGCCAUGAAGAAUGAACUGGGUAUGAUGGUGAGCUUGGAGAAUCUUUUGGCAAGAGAUGGUCUCUCUGUUGAUAUCACCUCUUUGGCCAAGGAGGUUUACGAUAUUCUCAAUGCACCUGCUAAUCCUCCGCCUGAGAGAAGGAAGAAACCCCAGUUCUUUCUCAAUUCUUCCAACAAGAAGGCCAAGUCCAUCACUCUGCACAUACAGGGCUUGGACAGCUCUCAUCGAGGUUUGUGCGAGGAAGCUCUUCUGAAGGUCAAAGGAGUGAUAAGCUUCACUUUCCAAAUGGCAUCCAAGAGAUGUACUGUUCGCAUCCGUUCAGACCUGCCCACUGAGAGUCUGGCAACAGCCAUCGCUGGCACUAAGGUGUUGUCGGCCCAACAAGUGAUAAAGAAUGAGGCAGGAGAAGAGGUUUAUAUUCCUUUGAAAUCAUCUGGAGUGGAUGUCCCUCAAAACUCAGCCCUGCCGGAUUACCUCCCAGAAGAAGAGGAGAGCCCUGUGAGGGAGGUCGAUCGAGCAAUUUCCCGCACCACAGCCAAGGAAGAUUCCAGCGGUAGCUGGCUCAACGCUGCUGCCAGUUUCCUCACAAAAACAUUUUACUGGUGAAUCAGUCACAGGGAGGUGCUUUUAAGACUCAUUCCGGUGUAUUUAACUUGGAUGGACAUUACUUGUUGUGAGAAACCACAGCUGAGUCCUGGCUUCUACUGUAAAGUCAGCAUUUCAGUUCUUGUGAGAUGAUCGACAGAUUUUGGGCUAGAUCUCUUUUAUUGUUUGAGUUGACUGGAAACUAAAAUGCUUGAAUCAUCUGUCCUCAUUCGGUGUAAAUAUUUCUUUCAAAUCUGUUUUUAAAAUUUCAUUUCCUCCUAAAAUGUACAGAAACUGUUUACAAUCCUCACUGCUUCUUUCUGUCCUGUUUUUAAUUGUUGCUGGUUUAUGCUACAGAAUAUAAAUUUUGUGCUGUCACUGUA